CACACCAAUGGUCAAAAGGGCAGCCAUGCUCUCUGUUUCUCUCUUCUUUUCUUCUUCUUCUUCCUCUCAUCUGCUCUUCCUUUCUAAAACCCUAACAAAAAGGACCUGUUUUUCUUCCCUAGUUACCAUGUCCAUCAACCUUAACGCCCAUGCAUUUGCUGGUAACCCCAUAAGAUCCAAAACCCCUAAAGCCCAUGACCCACUCUCGCCUUCUUCAGCUUUCCAGUCCCUCAAAACCCAUCUCCUCCAAAACCCAGAAACCACAUCCCUUCCACCUCCUCCAAAGUCCCCUCUUUUCAAGGUCUUGCCUUUUAGAAAGGGCAGACCUUUAGCUUCUUCGUCUAUCACAGGGAAUAAUGAUGAUGAUGUGCCCAGUUGGCAUCUGGGGUGGAUCAGUUUACCUGAUUGUAAGUACUUUCUGGGGAAAUGUGGGGUGGACUUGACUGAAGACUCUUUGGUUUAUUUGGGUUCAAAGGUUGAAGACGAUGUUGUUUAUUGGGCUGUUGAUGUUUCUGGGGAAAGUAGAUUGGUCCCUGAAUUGGGUGACAAUCAGUUUUGCUUUGUGGAGCUUAGAACACUAAUGGUGGCUACUGAUUGGUCUGAUUCUAUUGCCAUGGGUGAAUUGGCUAUUGCUGGUCAUGCUCGAGCGUUGCUUGAAUGGCACAACCUAUCACGAUUUUGUGGCCAUUGUGGAGAAAAAACAAUUCCCAAAGAAGCUGGAAGAAGGAAACAAUGCUCCAAUGAAUCCUGCAAAAAGAGGAUUUACCCUCGUGUUGAUCCUGUUGUCAUUAUGUUGGUCAUUGAUAGAGAAAAUGAUCGUGCACUUUUAGGUAGACAGUCUAGAUUCGUACCUCGAAUGUGGAGUUGUUUAGCCGGAUUCAUAGAGCCAGGGGAAAGCUUAGAAGAAGCAGUGAGGAGAGAAACAUAUGAAGAGGCCGGUAUUGAAGUCGGAGAAGUUGUUUAUCAUAGUUCUCAGCCAUGGCCGGUUGGUCCGAGUAGCAUACCAUGCCAGUUGAUGGUCGGGUUCUUUGCAUACGCUAAAUCUCUUGAAAUAAACGUGGAUAAGGAAGAACUAGAAGACGCACAGUGGCACAGUAGAGAAGUCGUGAGGAAAGCAUUGGCGGUUGCAGAAUACAAGAAGGCGCAAAAAACGACCGCAGCCAAAGUAGAUCAAAUGUGCAAAGGAGUCGAGAAGGGACGGAGUUUGUCGGCAGAUUUUAACGUCGAAAGUGGGGAACUCACUCCCAUGUUUUUCCCCGGUCCAUUCGCGAUUGCCCAUCACCUCAUCUCUACCUGGGCUAAUCAAGGUGUACCGACUGACGGUGUCGAAGCCAGCUCAAAACAGCCUAGCAGUUCCAUUUCGAAUCUAUAGCUCUUCAUCUUCUACUAUAAAUAUAUCAAUAAUCAUUAAAAAAAUAUGAAUGAAAGUAAUUCACCUUUUUUCUCCUUCUUAGGGUAUUACUCUGUAAAGUUUGCCAUUUUGGUUUGUGUAAUCAACAAUCGGAUUCAAUGCUCAAACACUGAUUCAUUUAUGUACACGCUUUCUAGCAUAAUUCCAACAUGGGAAUUUACAAAUAAA